AUGGUCAAAUUGACAAGAAUAAUUCAAGAAGGUUGGCCCAACCACAAAAAUGGAGUGUCAAAAGACGUCAGCGAGUUUUGGGCAUAUAGAGACGAAUUGAUAGCGGUUGAUGGUCUGAUUUUCAAGGGCGAAUCUAUCGUUGUUCCACGACAUUGCGAAAAAGUAUUUUGGCACAGAUUCACGAAGGACAUCUCGGAAUGGAGAGAAGUAAGCUCCGAGCUCGGAAAUUGGUAUUCUGGCCCGGUAUGUCUAAGCAGAUCGAAGAUGUCGUGUCCAACUGUACGACGUGCCAACAGCUCAGGCUAAGCAAUCCCAAAGAGCCAAUGAUUCCCCACGAAAUCCGACAGUAUCCUUGGCAAAUCGUUGCUAGCGAUUUGUUUGAGUGGAAUGGUAGCAGUUAUGUUCUAGUUGUUGAUUACUACAGACGUUAUUGGGAGAUUGCAGUACUACACAGCACAACGAGUACAGCAGUUAUUAACAAGUUAAGAGAAAUCUUUGCGAGACACGGAAUACCGGAGACAGUGAAAUCGGACAAUGGUCCACAAUACAGUUCUGCUGUGUUCGAUACGUUUGCAGCGAAUUGGAAAUUCUCCCACGUGACAUCAAGUCCGAAGUAUCCACAGUCAAACGGGCUCGCAGAAAAGACCGUGCAAACCGCCAAAAGAAUGUUAGAAAAAGCCAAACGUGAUCGAAGAGAUCCAUACCUCGCUUUGUUAGAACAACGCAAUACACCCGUGGCUAGCUACAAAUCACCUGCACAACUAUCCAUGGGAAGAUGUCUGCGUUCACUUCUACCAUGCACAACGAAUCACUUAAUUCCUCAAACAGUUUGUUAUCACGAAACACAAAGCAUGUUCCAGAAAAAGCAGGCUGAGCAGAAAUCCAAUUAUGACAAGUCAGCCGUGCCUUUACAACCAUUAAAGACUGGUGAAGCAGUACGUGUCAAGCAGGAAUGUGAAUGGAGACCCGGGAAAGUGAUCGAAAUAGCAGAUACGCCUCGAAGUUACUUAGUCGAGACUCCAGAAGGGGCUGUAUAUCGCCGUUUGAGAUUUGCAUACAGACGCGUCGCAUGA